CACACAGGAGCCGGGCUCCGGCUGGCACCAUGGCCACGUUCAGGUUGCGGGUGUCCACUGGAGAGGCCUUCGGGGCUGGCACGUGGGACAAAGUGUCUGUCAGCAUCGUGGGGACCCGAGGGGAGAGCCCCCCGCUGCCCUUGGACCAUCUCGGCAAGGAGUUCAACGCUGGCGCUAAGGAGGACUUUGAGGUGACGGUCCCCCAGGAUGUGGGCCCGGUGCUGCUGCUGCGCGUGCACAAGGCGCCCCUGGCGCUGCCCUGCUCGCUCGGGCCCCUGGUCCCGGACGCCUGGUUCUGCCGCUGGUUCCAGCUCACGCCGCCGGGGGGCGCCACUCUCCGCUUCCCCUGCUAUCAGUGGCUGGAGGGGGCCGGGAGCCUGGUGCUGCGGGAGGGGACAGGGAAGGUCUCCUGGGCAGACCAGCACCCCGUGCUCCAGCAACAGCGCCAGGAGGAGCUGCGGGCCCGGCAGGAGAUGUACAGCUGGAAGAUUUACAACCCCGGCUGGCCUCACUGCCUGAACGAGAAGACUACAAAAGACCUGGACCUCGACAUCAAAUACUCCACAGCCAAGAACACCAACUUCUACCUGCGGGGCAUCUCUGCGUUUGCAGAGAUGAAAAUCAAGGGGCUGCUGGACCGUAAGGAGUCCUGGAAGAGUCUAAAGGAGAUGAGAAGAGUGUUCAACUUCCGGAAGACCCCAGCAGCUGAGUACGUGUUUGCGCACUGGAGGGAGGAUGCUUUCUUUGCCUCCCAGUUCCUGAAUGGCCUCAAUCCCGUCCUGAUCCACCGCUGUCGCAGCCUCCCUAAGAACUUCCCUGUCACCGAUGCCAUGGUGGCCCCUGUGCUGGGCCCUGGGACCAGUUUGCAGGCAGAGCUGGAGAGGGGCUCCCUCUACCUGGUGGAUCAUGGCAUUCUCUCCCGUGUCCGUACCAAUGUCAUUAACGGGAGGCCUCAGUUCUCCGCAGCCCCUAUGACUCUGCUAUACCAGCGCCCAGGGGAUGGACCCCUGCUGCCCUUGGCCAUCCAGCUUAGUCAGGCCCCUGGGCCAGACAGCCCCAUCUUCCUGCCCAGCGACUCCCCGUGGGACUGGCUACUGGCCAAGACAUGGGUACGCCACGCAGAAUUCUCUGUCCAUGAGGCCCUCACACACCUGUUGCAUGCACACCUGGUGCCUGAGGUCUUCGCCCUGGCUACCCUGCGCCAACUGCCCCGCUGCCACCCGCUCUUCAAGCUGCUGAUCCCACAUAUACGCUAUACCCUGCACAUCAACACGCUGGCCCGGGAGCUGCUCAUUGCCCCCAACCAGGUGGUGGACAGGUCCACAGGCCUUGGCACUGGGGGCUUCUCUGAGCUGAUACAGAGGAACAUGGAGCAGCUGAACUAUUCCACCUUGUGUCUGCCUGAGGAUAUCCGGACCAGAGGGGUCGAAGACAUCCCUGGCUACUACUACCGGGAUGAUGGGAUACAGAUAUGGGGUGCUGUGGAACGCUUUGUCUCCGAAAUCAUCGGCAUUUACUACCCAAGCGACGUGUCUGUCCGCGAUGACAGUGAGCUCCAGGCCUGGGUGUGGGAGAUCUUCUCAGAGGGCUUCCUAGGGCGGGAGAGUUCAGGUAUGCCCUCAACACUGGAGACCCAGGAAGCCCUGGUCCAGUAUGUCACCAUGGUGAUAUUCAACUGCUCAGCCAAACACUCUUCCAUCAGUAUGGGCCAGUUUGACUUCAGUGCCUGGAUGCCCAAUCUGCCACCCACCAUGCAGCUGCCGCCACCCACCUCCAAAGGCCAGGCGACACCAGAGGGUUUUGUAGCCACCCUCCCACCGGUCAAUGCCACAUGUGAUAUCAUUGUGACCCUCUGGUUGCUGAGCAAGGAGCCUGGAGCCCCAAGGCCGCUGGGCAGCUACCCAGAAGAGAACUUCACGGAGGAGGCCCCUCAGCGAAGUAUCGCCGCCUUUCAGAGCCACCUGGCCCAGAUCUCGAGGGACAUCCAGAAGCGGAACCAGGGCCUGGCGCUGCCUUACACCUACAUGGACCCUCCCCUUAUUGAGAACAGCGUUGCCAUCUAAAUACUCUGGGGAACAGUAGCCCACAGGACAUCCCUUCGACCACAUUGCUCUAGACUAACUGCCACCCAGAGAAAAGGACCCCCCAGAAAAUCAUGCCCCCAUAUGCCUCUACUCAGACAACUGGGCCCCAUGUAACACACACACACACACACACACACACUGGGUCCCCAGGUAAUACCUCUACACAGAACAGAUGGGACACACCUCAGAACAGGCCACCCUCAUGCAGAACAGCAUCACCAUGUGUUUUGGAGAUUCCAAACCUCCAUGUGCCUGCACACCCACAGACCCUUUCAGGGUAUUUCUGGGUUUUGGUUUGGUUUCCUUUAAGUUAACUGGUGGCAAAGGAAUAAUCCUGCCCACAAUCCCACUGACUGCAGCUGAUUGGCCCAAAUGGCAGCCAACAUAUAGGCCACCCAGUGGUACAAGGAGUGGUCUAGCCUAAAAACUGUCCUAGAGGCUGAUAGUGACCUAUUGUCCCAGCCUUAAAAUGAGCAAAUUCCUGAGAAAGGGCCCCGGAAGUAGGGCAGUAGGAGGAAGUGGAUCAGGCAGUGCCCUCAGGUACUUUCCUAAAACCUUGUCCCCAAACUAAACAGAAGAUUUGCAAUUUUCUAAAGCAGGUACCACUUCCAAGAAUUGAAAAGAAUAUUACAUUGUUAUACCUUGCCUUCUAGACUCCAUCUACAAUGAUGAAAUUCCAACAUUUCAUACAUAUUCUUUAAUUCUGUUUUUUAUUUUGUUUCUUUCUUUUUUUUUUUUUUUAAUUUGUUUCAGGUUCAGCAAGUAGCCAUUAAGGUAAAAAACUGUCUGUCUUGAAUUUGUCUAAUGGUUUCCAUCUUUCUCAUAUUGCAAUGUUUUGGUUUUUCGGUUUCACUAAUUUUUAGAAGACGUGGGCAAAAUGCAAUAACGUAUUCAGAUAGCUGUGCAAACGCUACCAUUGACAUAAAUAAACAAUGCUUCAGAAGAUGCGAUGUUGGCUGUCAAGCAGCAUUUGAAAUGUUGGGUCCUCACUGAGAUUCAGUGUAUCAAAAAUUACUUAGAAAUAUAUACCUAUUAAACUUAAUUGGUUUCAAGCAACACAAAACAACUACUACUAACUUAAACAAUAAAGAAGUUUAUGGAAAAGAAACCUCGUGGUUGCCUUAGUUAACCCUUUUAUGGCUGCUGGCAGGUAUGUGUUCCUGCUACAUUUUCUGCCCCUGGAGGUGUAUUGGCAGGCACUGGAGAACUUUCUCUCGUCAUGGCAAAUAUCCAUGCAACUGCCUAAAAAACAAUAAAAGUUGAUCUGCGCCACAUUUGAAUGUUGACAGCUAUUCGUAUGAGAGGAUGCUUCCCCAAGGAGUGAUUGUGUGAAACUUUUGUGUCUUUUGGCUUCUGUACAGUGAGAUAAGACUUGCAAGUAUGUUUAUUAUUUCCUUCGUGUUACUGGGAAGGUACCAUUACCACGCUGAGAUAUAGUCACGUGAAUGAGUUAUUUUUAGAGUGAAAACAGUUUGUGAUGCACUUCCUGGGCCACGGGACCAAUAUGUACCAUGUGUGUGAUGUACGUUAAGGAACCUGGGACUGAUAUGUACCACAUGUAUGGUGUGUUUCAUAGAACAUGGGACCAAUAUGGCCUGUUUGCAUUAGUCACCUCCCUGAUGGAGUCUUUUAUAAAGUGCUCACCUCCCUGGUAUUUUAUGGCUCAAGCAUAACCAGGAAGUGUGAUGCACUUCUGGGCCAUAGGACCGAUAUGUACUGCAUUUGUGGUACAUGGGACUGAUGUGGCCUGCUUGCAAUUGGCACCUUAUUUUUUCAGAUAAUAAAAAACUACCAACAAACAAUUAUUCAGCAUAAAAAAAAAAAUUUUUUUUUUUU